AUGGGCGCCGGGGUGGGCUGUGAUGAAAGUCUGUGUCACGACCUUGGCCAGCUAGCGCAGCCUCGCCAUGUCCUAGUAAUGGGGGGGGGGCUUAGGAAAUUUUGUCGGGUGCCAGCGAGGAGACUUGAAGAGAGGCGUCGGAGAGAAAUGAAUCAGUUUAGGGAAGGCCCCUUCCCCACGCCUCCUGACGCCGGCCUGUUCCCCCUGACCUUGGGCUUCUCUGUGCCUAACACAAGCUCUUCUUGCCGCCUCCCCCCUCCCUGGCCACUGCACCCGGAGAAUGCUGCCACUGAUGGAAAGGGCCAAUCCUUCCCGGCUCCAUCUACUAAGGACUCUGCCCGUCCCCCCACCAAGAGCGGGAGCCUCGAAGAGGUGGGAUUGGCCGCAUUGUUCCUGAGGGCCAGCGCUACCCGUUUCUUUACCUAUGAAACGAGGAGAUCGGACUCAGUGCCCUCCACGGCCCUUCCGCUCCAAAUCCCUGAAUCCCCUAACUCAAAUGCCGGGUGGCACCCAGGAGUCGUAGACAGAGGCCUAUGGGGCUUCGUGCUCAGAACCGGCCUCCGGGAGCCGAAGGGACCUUUUGAGGCCGCACUAAGGAGGCAGGAGAGGCAGGCCAGCCUCCUGAGGAGCUCUUCCCCUCCCGGGCCGGCUGUCUGCCGAGAUCUUAGCUUCUCUCCGACCCCAGCUGGUGACGACAGUAGGAAUGAUGAUGACAGCGGCGCAGCAAUGAUGGCCGGCAUGGAUGAAGAAGAUUGGAUUACUCGGCCUGAAAUCAAGGAGUCAUCUUUAAAGCUGGGCUUCUCUUCGGAAGACUUAUCCCAGGAAAGAUUUAGAAGGGAUAGUGCCUAUGUCUUCAGGUUGGAAGAAGCCUGUGAAUUUGAUGCCAGUUCAGAAAGACAGCAGAGCAGUAAGGAACAACUUUUCCAGCAAGUGAAAAUAAUCCAAAACAAAUCUCCAGAUGAAGUGAAAGGCAGUGAAUAUGAUAAAAAUUACAGACGCUUCAUAUCAGCGUUAGUACUUUUUCCACCACAGACAGUAAGCAUAGGAAGAAGUCUCUAUGAAUUUGAUAUUUAUAGAAAAAGCUUAAGUCCAUGUUCAAACUUAAAACAACAUGAUAAUAGAACUUCCUCCAAGAAUAAGAUUAUUUUUAAGCAUAAUGAACUUAAUUACUUUUUAAGUUACAAUUCAGAUCUUACUGAAAAUGAUAGAAUACAUUCUAGAGGGAAACCUCAUGAAUGUAGUGAAUGUGGCAAAGUCUUCUGUCAGAGCUCAGAGCUUGUUCAACACCAGAGAAUUCAUACUGGAGAAAAACCUUAUAAGUGUAAUGAAUGUGGGAAAUUCUUCCUCAGAAGCAGAAAUCUUAUUCUCCAUCAGAAAAUUCACACUGGAGAGAAACCAUAUGAAUGUAAAGAAUGUGGGAAAUUCUUCCGCCAAAGUGCACACCUUAGUGUACAUCAGAAAAGUCACACUGGAGAGAAACCUUAUGAAUGUAAUCAAUGUGGGAAGGCCUUCACUCGGAGUAGGAGCCUUAUUCUUCAUCAGAAAAUUCACACUGGAGAUAUACCAUAUGAAUGUAGCGAAUGUGGGAAGGCUUUCUGCCGAAGCACAGAACUUAUUCUCCAUCAGAGAAUUCACACUGGAGAGAAACCAUAUAAAUGUAAUGAAUGUGGAAAGUUCUUCCGCCAGAGUGCACAUCUUGUAGUACAUCAAAAAAGUCAUACUGGAGAGAGACCUUUUGAAUGUAAUGAAUGUGGGAAGGCUUUCUGCAGAAGCACAGAACUUACUCUCCAUCAGAGAGUUCACACUGGAGAAAAACCAUAUAAAUGUAAUGGAUGUGGGAAAUUUUUCCGCCAGAAUUCACAUCUUAUUGUACAUCAGAGAAGUCAUACUGGAGAGAAGCCUUAUGAAUGUAAGGAAUGUGGGAAGGCCUUCAGCCAGAGUAGAAACCUUAUUCUCCACUGGAGAAUUCACAUGGGAGAGAAACCUUUUGAAUGUAAUGAAUGUGGGAAAGCUUUCCACCAGAGUUCACACCUCACUCAACAUCAGAGAAUUCAUACUGGAGAAAAGCCAUAUGAGUGUGAUCAAUGUGGGAAGGUGUUCCACCGGAGAGCAAAGCUUACUGAACAUCAGUCAAUCCACACUGGACAUAAGCCUCACAAAUGUAAUGAAUGUGGGAAAGCUUUCCGACUGAGCUCACAACUUACCAUACAUCAGAGAAUUCAUCUUGGAGAAAAACCUUAUAAAUGUAAUGAAUGUGGGAAGGUCUUUAGUCAGAAAACAAACCUUAAGAUACAUCAGAGAAUUCAUACUGGAGAUAAACCAUAUGAAUGUAAUAAAUGUGAAAAAGCCUUCCACCAGAGCUCAGACCUUACUCAACAUCAGAGAAUUCAUACUGGAGAGAAACCUUAUGCAUGUAGUGAAUGUGGGAAGGCCUUUGCCCAGAGUAGAAGUCUUACUCUUCAUCAGAAGAUUCAUACAGGNGAGAAGCCUUAUGAUUGCAAGGAAUGUGGAAAGGCAUUCAGAAUGAGCUCACAACUUAUUCUCCAUCAGAGAAUUCAUCUUGGAGAAAAACCAUAUAAGUGUAAUGAAUGUGGGAAAUUCUUCCGACAAAAUGCACAUCUUAAUUCACAUCAGAGAAUUCAUACUGGAGAGAAACCAUAUAAAUGUAACAAAUGUGAAAGGGCCUUCCGCCAGAGCUCAGACCUUACUCAACAUCAGAGAAUUCAUUCUGGAGGAGAGAAGUCUUAUGAAUGCAGUGAGUGUGGGAAAGUCUUUGUCCGGAGCAGAAGUCUUACUCUACAUCAGAAGAUUCACAAUAGAGAAACACGAUAUGAAUGUCAUGAAUGUGGGAAGACUUUCUGCCGAAAUGCAGAACUUACUCUCCACCAGAGAAUUCACACUGGAGAGAAACCUUAUAAGUGUAAUGAAUGUGGGAAAUUCUUCCGCCAGACUGCACAUCUUACUGCACAUCAGAGAAGUCAUACUGGAGAGAAGCCUUAUGAUUGCAAGGAAUGUGGAAAGGCAUUCAGAAUGAGUUCACAACUUAUUCUCCAUCGGAGAAUUCAUCUUGGAGAAAAGCCUUAUAAAUGUAAUGAAUGUGGGAAGUUCUUCCGCCAGAAGCCACAUCUUAUUGCACAUCAGACAGUUCAUACUAGAGGGAAACCUAAUGAAUAUGGGAAGGAAUUUGACCAGAGCUCAAAUCUUAUUCAAGCAUCAGACUAACUCAUACUUGAAAGAUACUGUAUAAAUGUGGGAAGGUGUUUCAGAGCCCAGAGCUUCUCUCUGACAUCAGCCAAUUCAUUCUGGAGAGAAACUUUAUAAAUAUAUUGAAGGUUAGUAGGCAUUCCAUUUGAGCUGACAACUUAGUGUACCUCAUAGUAUUUAUGUUAGGGGAAAUUCUUUAAAAUGUAAUAAUUGUGGAAAGGUCUACUGGAGAGAAAACCGUAAUAUACAUUAGAAAACUCAUAGGGGAUAGGGAUAGGGACUAGAUCUGUUGCUUCAUUGAUACAGGAGCCUCCUAGAUGAGGAAGCUCUCUCUACCAAGCCUUUGUGCCUUCUCUACAACCUGUAAUCUUAGAGAGUUGCUUGGGAAAACCAGGUGACGUCCCCAGGUGAACACAAGUAUGUGUUAGCGGUGGUACUUGUGUAACAAGUCUUCCUCACUUUGCAACAAGCUCUUUCCAUGAUGCCACAUUUGCCUUUUAGGAAUUGCUAAUGGUGCUUUCUUCACACACGAUUAUGGGAAGGCAUUUUGCCUAAGCUUAAAAUUUAGUGAAUAUCAGAGAAUUUAUCUUGGGGGAAAAAAAAACCUUAAAAGUAUAAGGAAUGUCUUUAGGUUUUCGAUAAAAGAGGAAACCCUAAUGUACAUCAGGUAAUUAAUACUGGAGAGAAACCUGAAUUCGUUGAAUGUGAAAAUACUUUCUACUAGAACACAGAAUUUGCUCUCCAGAUAAUUCACAUUAGAAAGACAAUGUGUAAUGAGUGUGGGAAAGUCUUCAAGGUUAUGCUAUAUUUUAUUCAACAUCAAAUGUUUCAUACUAGAUAGAAACUUUAUGAACGUAAUGAGCAUCAGCAGUUUUUCCCUCAGAGCAUAUACUUUAUUUUACAUCAGAUAAUUGUAGCUAGAGAACAACAGAAUAUGAAAAGUCCUUUCAACUGAGAAUAUUUUACUCAAUAUAAGAGUUCACACUGGAGAGAAAGUUAAUGGAUAAUUAUUGAGGGAAGAUUUUUCCUCCAAAUGCCUUACUCUUUACCCAUCUAUACUAGAGAGAGAGAACACUUGCUUUUAAUCAGUGUAGAAAACCCUUCAAAGCACAGAUCUUGUUCAGUCGUUUCAGUCAUGUCUUAACUGUUUGUGACCCCACUUGGGGGUUUCUUGGUAAAGAUACU